CAAUUCUUUUAGUUUCACGCGCACCCAUACGAAAAAGGUAUAUCAACGGUCCCAACGUCAAACCCGCGCAAUCGCCGGCUUCCAUGUCUUCCUCCGAACCGCCGGAACCGUUAUCCCUAUCCUCCACUGGUCUUUACAAUACCGCUAUCUCCUCCUUCUCCCUGCCAUCGCAAUCGUCACCAUCUCGUCCCCUCACCACUCCCCCUUCCUCCCUCUCCCACUCUAAACUCAUCCCCAAAACCCGCUUUAUAGUCGACGGUUUCAAAAACGCCGAUUCCAAUUUCUCCGUUUCAUACUUUCUCUCCCACUUCCACUCGGACCAUUACACAGGCCUCACGCCGCAAUGGUCCGAAGGCAUCAUCUAUUGCUCCUCCAUCACCGCUCGCCUCCUCCACCAAAUCCUCAAAAUUCCACAAGCCUUCAUUUUUCCGUUACCUCUAUCUCUACCCCUUUUUAUUGAUGGCUCGGAAGUUUCCCUUAUCGACGCCAAUCACUGCCCCGGUGCGGUUCAGUUCUUAUUUAAAGUCCCGGUGCAUAGUAAGAGUAGAGGUGAUGAUUAUGAUGAAGGUAAUAACAAUGUUAUUAAGUUUGAAAAAUAUGUUCAUACUGGUGAUUUUAAAUUUGCGGUGAGGACGAUGGAUUCAUUUGAUAUUCAUCUUGUUCCCUAUAGCGAGCAUUCAAACUACAACGAGCUCAGGGAGUAUGUGAAGUUUUUGAAGCCGAAGCGGGUUAUUCCCACUGUAGGUUCUGAUGUUGAGAAAAUUGGUAGCAAACAUGCUGAUGCAAUGCAGAAGCAUUUUGCUGGUUUGGUUGAUGAAAUGGCCAUCAAGCAAGAAUUUUUGAUGGGUUUCCUUCGCUGUGGGCCCCAGGAAGUGAAUCCAAAGAUUGAGAAAGAUCCUGCUUCUGCUUUGGACAAUUUCCCAGUGCAGGAGGAUGAGGGCACUUUGUCUGCUCCAAAUUGUUGCAAUGACAUUGAAGUGGUGGGUGACAUGAAAUCUUCAUUUCCUCAGCAUGAACUUGGUUCCCCUGAUUUAGUGCCCCUGAAAGAAAAAGAGAGAGAGAAAUCUGUUCAGGAACUUGAAGACUGCUUGCCCAGUUGGGUGCCUCGACGCCAGAUGUUGGAUUUACUUGGUGAUUCAGGUGGAGACGUUGUUGAAGCGGUUUCUAAUUUUUAUGAACAUGAAAUUGAAUUCCAUAAUCUGGCCCUAGCUUGUACAUCUGUCUCCGGUACUUUCCAAGCAAGUGCAGAACAUGAGCCUGCUUUGCCCUUUGAAUCACUUCCUGUUAAGAGUGUGCGUAUUGAUGCGGAAGUUUCUUGCACUCAGAGCUAUGUAUCAUCUGGCCCUGUAAAGUUAAAUAAGAGUGGAAUUUCUCCUGGAAAAAGAAAGAGAAAUCUUGAUAGCAAGGCAACAAAAAGAACAUGAACAAAUCCAAUCCAGUCCUCUGGUGGUUCAAAGCAGUAUACCAUAACAAGGUUCUUUGGUAAACAAAUGCCUGUUGUCUCUGAAGAUAGUAAAGUUGGAACAGCGUUUAAUCUAUGUAAUGAUGAUCAAAGUAGGUCUAUUGAUGAUGCUACUGAGCCAUACAAAGAAGAGGUGGAUCAGUUUAUUCAGGUUGUAAAUGCUGGUGAACAAUUAAGAAGCUAUGCAGCCACCAUCCUCGAGAAGGCUAAGGGAGACAUCAAUACGGCUCUUGAUAUAUAUUAUAGUGAUUAUACUGGUAUUGUCAAUGAGAAAAUAGGCAGGUUGCCAGAAAGCAAUGAAUUGAUUAAAUCUGAAUGUUCCAGUAGAAUUUGUUCCGACAAAAAUGCUGAUCUAUCACAAAGCGAUAAAGUGGGAAAUAAGUCUGGUAUUUCUUUCGCUGCCCAACCAACGGAUUCUGGGAAUUAUUUAUUACUACCUCCUGAGAGAUAUUCUCCAAUAGAGCACGCUUGCUGGAGGAAAGGACAGCCUGCUCCAUACAUACAUAUAGCACGGACUUUUGAUCUAGUUGAGGAUGAAAAGGGCAAACUAAAAGCUACAUCAAUGCUAUGCAAUAUGUUUAGGAGCUUGCUGGCCCUUUCACCUGAGGAUGUGCUGCCUGCUGUUUAUUUGUGCACAAAUAAGAUUGCUCCUGACCAUGAAAAUAUGGAACUGAAUAUUGGUGCAAGUAUUGUAGUUGCAGCCCUGGAAGAGGCAUGUGGGACAAACAGGUCUAAAAUAAGCAAUCUUUAUAACAGCCUUGGCGAUCUUGGUGAUGUUGCUCAACUUUGCCGGCAAACACAAUCACUACUUGCCCCCCCACCAGUUCUUACAAUUCAAGGAGUGUAUUCAGUUCUCCAAAAGAUAAGUGUGCAAACAGGUAGCGGCAGUACAAUCCGGAAGAAAAGUCUCAUUAUGAAUCUCAUGCGUUCAUGUCGAGAGAAGGAAAUGAAAUUCAUAGUCAGAACUUUGGUUAGAAAUUUAAGAAUUGGAGCUAUGAUGAGAACUGUACUUCCUGCAUUGGCUCAGGCUAUCGUGUUCAAUUCUGCUGAUACAGAAACUGGGUGUUUGAAGGAUCAUCUUCAGCGCCUAUCUGGAGCAGUAGUUGAAGCAUAUAAUGUACUUCCGAACUUGGAUUUACUUAUCCCUUGCCUAAUGAAAAUGGGGGUUAAGUUCUCUUCAUCAACCUUGUCAAUGGUUCCAGGCAUACCGAUCAAACCGAUGCUUGCAAAAAUUACUAAUGGAGCCUCUCAAGUAUUGAAGCUCUUCCAAAACAAGGCAUUUACAUGUGAAUACAAAUAUGAUGGCCAGCGAGCUCAAAUUCACAGAUUACCUGAUGGUUUGAUACAUGUUUUCUCGAGGAAUGGUGAUGAAACCACGUCAAAAUUCCCUGAUAUAAUAAACAUAAUUAAGGAGACAUGUCCUGGAGUAGUAACAUUUGUACUAGAUGCAGAGAUAGUUGCAAUUGAUAGGAAGAAUGGCUUGAAGCUCAUGUCAUUCCAAGAACUGUCUUCCAGGGAGAGAGGGAGUAAGGAUUCCCUGAUUGCUGUAGACAAAAUAAAGGUCGACAUAUGCCUCUUUAUCUUCGACAUCAUGUUGGCAAAUGGAGACAAGCUGCUGGAUUUACCCCUCCGUCAAAGACGAAAAUAUUUGAAGAACUUGUUUGGUGACGGGAAACCAGGCUAUUUAGAAUAUGCAAGAGAAAUGACAGUGGAAGCAGAAGAUUCUGAUGCAAACAACGAAGCCACAUUGAAUAAGAUGAACAACUUUCUUGAUGAUGCACUUCGUUCCUCCUGUGAAGGCAUAAUGGUUAAAACUCUUGAUGUAAAUGCUGGUUAUACUCCGUCAAAGCGUUCAGAUACGUGGUUGAAGGUCAAGAAAGAUUACAUUGAAGGAUUGAGUGAUUCCUUGGACUUGGUCCCUAUUGGUGCUUGGCAUGGAAAUGGAAGAAAAGCAGGAUGGUAUAGUCCAUUCCUAAUGGCCUGCUAUAAUCCUGAUACUGAAGAAUUCCAGAGUGUCUGCCGUGUCAUGUCUGGAUUUACCGAUGCUUUCUACACACAGAUGAAGGAGUUCUUCUCCGGGGACAAAAUCCUUUCUAAAAAACCACCAUAUUAUCGAACUGCUGAGGUGCCUGAUAUGUGGUUUUCUCCUCAACUUGUCUGGGAGAUAAAGGGUGCUGACCUCACAGUGUCACCGGUUCAUCAUGCUGCCAUUGGUUUAAUCCAUCCAUCUCGUGGUAUCUCAAUCAGAUUUCCGAGAUUUAUUCGCUCUGUCUUGGAUAGAAUCCCCGAGGAAUGUAGCACAUCUGCAGAUAUAGUUGACAUGUUCCAUUCUCAGACUAGGAAGAUGGAUGUGAGUGGCAAAGAGUGAGUACAGAAUGUAGUUUCAUGUAUGAAUGUCAUUUUACCAGCGUACAAUUUUUGAGAAGCAUCUAUUUCUUUCUCACCAUACUAUUUAUCUAUGGUAGUUUUGCUCGACUUUGAACUCU